CCGGCUUCCUGCGCCGCAGGUGAGCCGGGAUCGCCCCUCGCUUCCCGCUUCCGCCCAGGUGAGCGCCGCCGGCCAUCCCGGCAGCCCGAGCUCCCCGCACCCCGCAUCCCGCCCGCAGGUUAUUCUGAUCAAUUCCAAAAGCACCCCUCAACAUGCCUGAAAAUCCAGCAGCAGAUAAGCAGCAGGUGCUGCAGAUCCUGGAUCGGCUGCAGGCAAAGCUGCAGGAGAAAAGGGAUUCCCAGCACCAGGAAAACCUGGCUGUCCUAAGGAACACCCUCAGGAGCCCCCUGUUCAACCAGAUCCUGACUCUCCAGCAAUCCAUCAAGCAGCUGAAGGAGCAGCUCAAUUACAUGCCUCCCGACCGCUCGGUGGAUUUUGAUUUUACCAAGAGGGGGCUCUUGGUGUUUGCUGACAAAUCAGUCUCUGCUGGGACACCUUGCACUUCACCUGCACCCAGAGCAUCAGCCUUCACUCCAAACCUGGCAGUUAAUGAAUUUAACAUGAUCAUCCAGCAAAUGGCAAAGGGAAGACAAAUAGAAUCAAUUACCAUUGAUAAACCUUCUGUUGGAGGGCUUGGAUUCAGUGUGGUUGCCCUUAAAAAUCCGAGCCUGGGAGAAGUUGGUAUCUUUGUCAAGGAAGUCCAGCCAGGAAGCAUAGCUGACAGGGAUCAAAGACUGAGGGAAAAUGACCACAUACUGGCCAUUAAUUGCACGCCAUUGGAUCAGAACAUUUCCCAUCAGCACGCCAUUGCCCUCCUCCAGCAAUCCACAGGAUCCCUGCAUCUGGUGGUGGCUCGGGAGCCGCUUCAAGGGAACAGCAGAACUGCCUUGUUCAGUGAUGUAAAUCCACCUGAGACUAUUCACUGGGGCCACGUCGAAGACGUUGAGCUGAUUAACGAUGGCUCAGGAUUAGGCUUUGGAAUUGUAGGAGGAAAGUCGAGUGGAGUAGUUGUAAGAACAAUUGUUCCUGGGGGAUUAGCAGAUCGGGACGGGAGGCUGCAGACAGGAGACCACAUCUUGCAGAUUGGAGGGACCAACGUGCAGGGCAUGACCAGUGAGCAGGUUGCCCAGGUGCUCAGGAACUGUGGGAAUUCUGUCAGGAUGAUCGUGGCAAGGGACCCCAAGUGUGAAUUCAUGGAGGCUCCACCAGCUCCCCUGAGCUGGCCAGUCAGCACAUUGCCUUCCCUUCCAAAUGGAAAUGAUAAUGACAACUUUUUUGAUACCUAUGAUGUUGAACUUAUUAAAAAGAAUGGGCAAAGCCUGGGAAUAACAAUUGUUGGAUAUGCUGGCACAUGUGAUCUAGAACCUUCAGGGAUUUUUGUGAAAAGUAUAAUACCUGGGAGUGCUGCUGACCACAAUGGGCAAAUUCAUGUUCAUGACAAAAUUGUUGCUGUUGAUGGAGUCAACAUACAGGGUUUUACCAACCAAGAAGUGGUGGAGGCACUGCGGAACACGGGGCAGACUGUACGUCUCACCUUGCUUAGAAGGAGACCUUCCUUUGCUAUUUCCUCAGGAACACCUUCAGGGAGAGUGCAGCCAUUUGUUCCAGUCUUUGUGACCCCUGGAGCUGCGGGGCCUGAAAUUAGUGUGGCCACUAGGAGUGAGGGAAAACAAGAACAGAAGGAUAAUCUUCACAAUGGAAAGCAGCAGAGUCUGCAUCAAGCAGGAAGAGUCCCACUCCCUCCAGCACAUGAGCUGAAAUCCAAAUGGGAAAACCUGCUGGGACCAGAAUACGAAGUUAUGGUUGUGAAUGUGGAUAUGCCCUUUAAAGACGAUUCAGAGCUCCAGAAGUACUCGAAGCUGUUACCCAUCCACACUCUGAGAUUAGGGGUUGAGCUGGACACUUUUGAUGGACAUCAUUAUAUAUCAUCCAUUGCUUCAGAUGGCCCAGCUGCAGCUCUUGGUCUUCUGCAACUGGAGGAUGAACUUCUGGAGGUAAACGGGGUGCAGCUGUGUGGCAGGUCCCGGCGUGAGGCUGUCACCUUCCUCAAGGAGGUGCCACCCCCCUUCACCCUGGUGUGCUGCCGGCGGCUCUUCAGCGACGGCACCGAGUCCUGGGUGGACGAGCCCCCCGUGGCAGUGUCCCCUCCAGAGCAGCAGGUGAAACCCGAGGAAGACUUUAAUCCUGAGGAGGAAGAAGGGGAAUUGGCAUUAUGGUCUCCUGAUGUGAAGGUUAUUGAGCUGGAGAAAGACAAAAAUGGUUUAGGAUUCAGCAUUUUGGACUAUCAGGACCCCUUGGAUCCAGCAGGAACAGCCAUAGUGAUCAGCUCCCUGGUGCCCGGUGGCGUGGCCGAGCGCGGGGGGCAGAUUUUGCCGGGCGACCGCUUGGUGUUCGUCAACGAGAAACACCUGGAUGGUGCCACCUUGGCAGAGGCGGUGGAAGUGCUGACAUCUGUGCCCCCAGGGACAGUUUCCCUUGGGAUCUGCAAGCCUUUAGUGGGAGACAGCAGAGAGGAGGAGAAAAUGCACAGUGUGGAAACCAGCAGCAUCAAAAGCAGCCCUGGGUCUCCAGAACCAAUAGAUAACACAAAUUUCUCAGUAAUACUUGAAGCACCACAGGGUUUCAGAGACGAGGUGCCUUUCAAAGAAGAACUCGUUGAUGAGCCCCAUGUGGACUUGGGAAGGUCAUUUCAGCUUUCUCAGAAGGAUGAGGAGUAUGGCAAGGAGUCCUGGGAGAUGCGUGAGUUUCUGAAAGUCAGAGCAGAGGACGUGGAGGAGGAACGGGAGAUGUUGGUGGAUGAGGAGUACGAGGAGGAUUCAGACUUCCUGAAGGGGGAUGAUGCAUCAGGUGGAGAGGAGGCAGCUUCAGACAGGAAUCUGGACACAGAACGAUGGGCAGAGCAACUGGAGACUGGUGAAACACAAGAUUUAAGAUCCAGUGUUAGCCUAAGUGCCAAAGAGUCCCUGGAAUAUCCAUUCAGGAAAGAUCAAAUGUGUGAAGAGAAUGCUGCUUUAAGGUCACACAUUUCUGGAACCACAGCUCCCAGCAGCUACCAAAAAGACAUAUUUGAUGCUGAAACUACCCAGGCAGAAGUGAAAACUGAGAUGAAUUUAGGGACAAAGCUUCAGAGUGACUCCAAAGGACCUGAGCUUGCUGCUGAUUCAGAAGCAGUUGGAAAGGAAGCCCUGAAAGAGGAGAAUUAUGUUCUUCCCAAGAGCCAGGAAUCUGGGAGAGUAACCACCUUAGCUCAGCCUAGAGCAGCAUCAGGCAGUGAAUUACCCGAGAGAGAAGAAGGAGAAGGAGAAGAAACUCCAAACUUCAGCCACUGGGGACCUCCACGGAUUGUUGAGAUCUUCAGAGACCCUGAGGUGUCUCUUGGAAUCAGCAUUGUUGGUGGACAAACUGUCAUAAAGCGCCUGAAGAAUGGAGAAGAACUUAAAGGGAUCUUUAUCAAACAAGUUCUGGAAGACAGCCCAGCAGGAAGAACAAGGGCUUUAAAAACUGGAGAUAAAAUACUUGAGGUUUCUGGGGUAGACCUACAAAAUGCCACCCACAAGGAAGCAGUAGAUGCCAUCAAGAAUGCAGGAAAUCCUGUGGUGUUUGUAGUCCAGAGCUUGGCUAAUGUACCAAAAGUGGUUUCUCCUGCCCAGCCUAAGGGAAUCAAAGUCAGCAAAGAUCAGGAUGCAGACAAAGAAAAUAAGAGUGAUAAGAGGAAAUAUGGGGCUCCACCUCCCAUGAAGCUGCCACCUCCUUACAGAGCCCUCGAAAGGCAUCACGCAGGGGAGGCUGCUCUGGGUGAAGAGGAGGAUGAGGAUGCUUGUGCAGAGGAAAAAAUCAGGCAGAGAUAUGCAGAUCUCCCGGGAGAAUUGCACAUUAUUGAGCUGGAGAAAGACAAGAAUGGGCUGGGGCUCAGCCUGGCUGGCAACAAGGACCGCUCCAGGAUGAGCAUCUUCGUGGUUGGGAUCAACCCCGACGGCCCCGCGGGACGGGACGGGCGCAUGCACAUCGGGGAUGAGCUCCUGGAGAUAAACAAUCAGAUAUUGUAUGGAAGAAGCCACCAAAAUGCUUCUGCAAUCAUUAAAACUGCCCCAUCCAAGGUCAAGCUGGUUUUCAUACGAAGUGAAGAUGCAGUCAACCAGAUGGCUGUCACUCCCUUCCCACUGCCUUCAGGCUCCCACUCUGCCAUUGAGGACCACUCUGGCACCGAACCUGCAGGAGGUGAGGAAGACCCAAGUUUGGAAGUUGUCAUGAAAAGCUUGACUGAUGAGGAGUCCAGCAAAGCUGAUGUGAAGUGUAAGGCUGACACACCAGUGGUGGCAGAUGAGCAGGAGGCAGAGGAGCAGCUCCCAGAAAAUGUCCUCAGCCAGAUCAAACAGCCCAAAUCUUCCACGGCAGCCCCAGGGAGCUGCCAGGAGUCCCCCCUGGAGCCAGCAGCUCCUCACCUUCCUCCAGAGCCAGAAGCCACCAGCCGUGGUGUCUUCCCACCUGCACUGCCUGUGGAUCCAGCCACCUGUCCCAUAGUUCCAGGGCAGGAGAUGACCAUAGAGAUCUCCAAGGGUCGCUCAGGCCUCGGGCUCAGCAUCGUCGGGGGCAAGGACACUCCCCUGGAUGCCAUAGUGAUCCAUGAAGUUUAUGAAGAAGGGGCAGCAGCCCGAGAUGGCAGACUCUGGGCUGGUGAUCAGAUUCUGGAGGUGAACGGGAUCGAUCUGCGCAGCGCCAGCCACGAGGAAGCCAUCACUGCCCUCCGGCAGACGCCCCAGAAGGUGCAGCUGGUGGUUUACAGGAAUGAGGCACACUACAAGGAUGAGGAAAACUUGGAGAUUUUCUCUGUGGAUAUCCAAAAGAAAACGGGCAGAGGGCUGGGGCUCAGCAUAGCUGGGAAACGAAAUGGAAGUGGAGUGUUUAUCUCUGACAUUGUUAAAGGAGGAGCUGCAGACCUAGAUGGAAGAUUAAUUCAAGGAGAUCAGAUUUUGUCUGUAAAUGGGGAGGAUAUGAGAAAUGCCUCACAAGAGACUGUUGCCACUAUACUUAAGUGUGCCCAAGGCCUGGUGCAUCUUGAGCUUGGGAGAUUGCGAGCUGGGUCGUGGCUGUCAUCGAGGAAAACAUCCCAGAACAGCCAGGCGAGCCAGCAGAGUGCCCACAGCCACUUCCACCCCGCGCUCGCCCCCGUCCUCUCCACCCUGCAGAACUUUGUCAGCACAAAGAGAUCCUCAGCAGACACAUCCCAGAGAAGCUCAGGAGGCGCUGAUAUGGGCCCGAGGACUGUGGAGAUAACAAGGGGCCCAUAUGAUGCCCUGGGUGUCAGCAUAGCAGGAGGGAAGGGCAGUCCCCUGGGAGACAUCCCCAUCUUCAUCGCCAUGAUCCAGGCCAGCGGAGUGGCUGCUCGCACACAGAGGCUCAGAGUUGGGGAUCGGAUUGUCAGCAUUAAUGGGCAACCUUUGGAUGGGCUGUCUCAUGCAGAUGCAGUUAAUCUACUAAAGAAUGCUUAUGGGAGCAUUAUCCUGCAGGUGGUGGCUGACACCAACAUCAGUGCCAUUGCCAGCCAGCUGGAGAGCAUGUCCACGGGCUGCAGCCUCAGCCUGCCCUCCGAGCAUCCCGCCGAGGAUCCCGAAGCACCUCAGCCUAAGAUUAUUACUUUGGAGAAAGGCUCUGAUGGACUGGGAUUUAGUAUUGUGGGGGGCUAUGGAAGUCCCCAUGGAGACCUGCCCAUUUAUGUCAAGACUAUAUUUGCCAAGGGCGCGGCGGCCGACGACGGCCGGCUGAAGCGCGGGGACCAGAUCGUGGCCGUCAACGGGGAGGCCCUGGAAGGCGUCACCCACGACCAGGCCGUGGCCAUCCUGAAGCGCCAGAAGGGGACAGUGACCCUGACAGUGCUGUCCUGAGACACACUGAGCUCUUCAGGCCAUCAGUAGAGCUGUCAAACACUGCCCAGCCCCAGCAGAGCCUGGAUCCGCGCUCCCACCGCUGCCAGGCCGCCUCUCCAGCUUCAUUCAGCCUCCCACGACUUUCCAGCCCUUCUCCCUGCCCUCCACGACUUCUGGUGGCUUCAGAGGUUUCCCUGGACAAGUUUUAAUGAAGGAACUUCAAAGGACAGGACUCGCUGUGCUUUAUUUGACGCCUCGGUUUGUCCCCGCUGCUCCGAACCCCGGUUGCGACUGCUGAACCUGGAAUCAAUUCGCACACGAAAGAGAAUUUCAGAUCAUCAACUGAUCUCAUCUGAGGGGCAGAAAUAAAUGCUGAGUGACUUGUCAUCUCA